AAUUUUGCUAAUGUUAUAUUUUUUUAUAGAACUUAAAAACAUGUCUUGUCUUACGAGAAAAACAUAAAAAGAAGAUUUACAUAUUUUUGUAAUUUCGACGUUGUAUUUCCGCCUGAUUGAUAAACUUAAGAUAGCAGUCAAGGGUUAAAUACAUUACACAUAACCUAUUGCAAACAUCAUAACCAAAUUAUAAUCAACAAUAAAUGUACUGCGAAAUUUCUCUAAGUUUUAGUUGUUUAAAAUAAAUUAAAACUGCAAUAUUUAAUGACGCAAAACUUUAGAAAAUCGUUUCCGUUACAUGUAAAAAAAGCUAUACAAUGGUUUCCAGGACACAUGGGGAAAGGUCUUAAAAUAAUGGAACAAAAAUUGAAAACAGUGGACUGUGUAAUUGAAGUUCAUGAUGCUAGAAUACCAUUUUCUGGUAGAAAUCGUCAGUUGAAAUACAAAAUUUUAGAUUCAAAGCCUCAUAUACUAGUUCUCAAUAAAAAAGAUAUGAUUGAUGCAAAUCAAUUCAAAAUAAUUUCUAAGAAAAUAGAAGAAUCAGAAGCUGUUAACAAGGUAAUAUUUACUAAUUGCAAAGAUCAAUUGUGCAAUGGUGUGAGGAAAAUUAUUCCUAUCAUUAAAGAUAUAGUAUCAAACACAGAUCGUUACCGUAGUAUGGAUGACAAAACCCAAACAUUAAUGAUUAUUGGUGUACCAAAUGUGGGCAAGUCUUCUUUGAUAAAUAUUCUGAGAAAUAAACAUUUAAAAGAAAAAAAGGCAGCUAAAGUUGGGGCCGUUGCCGGUAUUACACGAAGUGUUAUGAGCAAAAUUAAAAUAUGUGAUGAACCACUCAUAUAUAUGAUAGACACCCCCGGAAUUUUAGAACCUCAAAUAGAAGACGAUGAGACUGGAUUAAAAUUAGCAUUAUGUGGUUGUUUUCAAGACCAUCUGGUAGGCUAUGAAAUAAUAGCAGAUUACUUGUUAUAUUGGCUAAAUAAACAUGAAAAUUUCGCUUAUGUUGAUCUGAUGCAUCUAAAAAAUGGCCCUACAGAUAAAAUUGAAGAAGUUUUGAUAUCAGGAGCUGUUAGUAUGCAGAAGUUUAAAAAAAUUCGAAACUACGAAGGUAGGCAUAUAAUAUUGCCCGAUACACAAUAUGCGGCACAAUAUUUUAUUAAAAAUUUUAGAAUUGGAAAAUUUGGGAAAGUUAAUUUGGAUUCCAUCCAGUUUAGUUGAGUAAUUAAAAAUUUUUUUCUUAGUUUGUUUUAUUAAAUUUUGUGUAUAUUUCAAUAAAUGUUAUCUCUUAAAA